CAUAAGCUGACACUCACAAAACCAUUGUAAUGCUCAUAAACGUUUGCAGUGGCAUGCAUGCAUGGCCCAUUUCAUGUAAUUAAGGUAUCGAUUGAUGAUUGAUGUUUCCAAGCUUACUCAUACAAGGAUGGGAUCGAAUUGUCAGACAUGAAGUUCGAAGCUUCUGAUUUCUUGGUUUUCAAGCUCGUGCGCCCGGAACCGCUCGAACUUGUGUCCUAUUGGCCUGACUUGCUGCGAGAGGAAGAUAAGCUGCUCCGACUCUGCUAAUUCACUACUGCAUUAGGACGACAGUCGAAUCGUCCUGAUUAGAUGGAAGACGAUAUUGCACAUCACAUCAGCAGCUUCUUCCACCCCGCAGCUCCCCAUUUCUUCAAGAUAGUCCUCCAGGAGACGAUUCGAACAGGAAAACUUGUCGUUCCGAAGAAAUUUGUUAGGAAAUAUGGGAAAGACCUGUCUGUGUCGAGCGUUGUGCUCCUCAAGGUCCCGAGCGGGGAUGCCUGGGAAGUGGAGCUAAGGAAAGGAGACACUGACGUCUGGUUGCAAAAGGGGUGGCUGGAUUUUGCGAACUUCUAUUCCAUAAAACACGGGCACUUCCUUGUUUUCAAGUAUGAGGCAGGGAGCUCUAAUGUAUUCAAUGUGUUUGUGUUCGACAAGAGUGCUACGGAGAUUGAAUACCCAGUGAGAUCUAAGGUAACAUUAUCUUCGAUCAAGGUGGAGAACAUCGAUGAAGACAGUGAUAACAUUCCAGUCAAAAAGAGGAACACGCGGCCUAUUUCGGGUAUUAUGACGAGAAGUAGGACCAGACUGACUGGUCAUUCAAGGAUGCCGGAAAAUGGGCGGCGAGGUCCGCUCAGAGGGAAAGAAAAACUUAAAGCGCUCGAAAGAGCAAAAUCUUUCAAAUCUUCAAAUCCCUAUUUUCCGGUGGUGAUGCAGCCUUAUUACGUGCACCGAUCCUAUAGUGUGUAUGUGCCGGGAAAUUUUCUACAAAGAUACAUGGGCCAACAGAAGAAUGGUCAAAUGAAACUUCACGUUUCUGGAGGCAAAACAUGGACCGUCACAUAUAGAAUUUCAGCAUAUAGAAGCCAAAUAAGGGGCAAAAUAUAUAAUGGUUGGAAGGCGUUCGUGGUCGACAACAGCAUUGUGUUGGGGGACAUCUGCGUCUUCGAACUGAUCAGAGGGCUCAGAAAUGUAUCAUUUAAGAUUUCCAUCUUCAGAGCACCUCAAGUGGCCACAAAUUCCUGCAUUUUACAAUCACAAGGCGAGAAAAAAUUAAAUUGCUUUUUUUUUUUUUUGCGUGUGGUUUUUGUUAUUUUUAGCAUGUCUAUGUCAUUACUCUCUAUAAUACUUAAGGACAAAGUAAUUAGUUUUUCUUUUAGGGUGCCAGUCCAAAAAAAAUUAAUAGCAUCUGGAGGUGGAGCUACUCGAUCCAAGCUUGAGUGGUGCUCAGGAGCUGCAGCUGAGGAUAGAGGGAACAAUUCUUCUUUGGAUGUGACCAAAGCGAAGGAACGGCAGAAGAUUGUGCAAGAUUUUGAGUUUCAACCUGUCAAUGGAUUUGUUCCUGGGCAACAUCCGGUCUUCCAAAUGGUCAUGACAAAGGGCUGUCUCUCGAAAGGGUAUCUGAAAAUAGCCACUACGUUCAUGAAGGAGAAUAUAGACCUGAAACACAAGAAACAGAGGGUGACUCUUAAGGCUGAUCAUGAGGACAGAUCGUGGACGAUAACGCUGAUUACCGGCCUCAAUCCUCGUCCUUGGGCUAUGUUCAGUGGUGGGUUCAUGGCGUUCUUGAAAGAGAACUCUCUGAAAGCGGGAGAUGUCUGCACUUUUGAGCUCAUUGGAAGGGCAGAAAUGGUGUUCAGAGUUUCUAUCAGCAGAGUCAAACAGUAGCAAAAAGAUUACGCAAGGGAGAAGGAUAGUGUGAUGUUGCGGCAUAUGGAAUGAUGCUCUAGAACGUAUUUUGUGCCGGCUAGAAUUUUGUUGAGAACUUCAAGUUAAACAUAUUAGGGAGAAGGAUAGUGCGAUGUUGUGGUAUAUGGAAUGAUGCUCUCAGAUGUAUUUUGUACCGGUUAGAAUUUCGUUGAGAACUCCAAGUUAAACAUAUUUAUCCGGAAUUCAACAUUGGA